CGCAUGGACUGCAUGGACACUGUAACUGCUCUCCUCAAGGCUCUCUUGACAUGAAAUGAUUAUGACAGAGUCCGUACGGAAGAUGACGAGGGCGAAGCUGACCACGCUGCACAUAUUGGAUAUUACUUUUGUUUAUUACUUUGAGGUUACCUACAGGUGUCAGAAAAUGGUGGACAAAGAGCCAAUUGAGCUGGAGAUUUUAGACACUGUUAAUAAGGAGUGUGUAGGACCUGCUUCCUCUCUGGAAAGCUCCAUUAAAUGGGGUGAUGGAUUUCUAAUUAUGUAUUCCGUCAUGGAUCGUAGCAGUUUUGAAGCUGUGUCGCGCCUUAAGAGACUGAUUGACCACGUUAAACAGACACUCGGUAUUCCAACAGUCAUUGUAGCCAAUAAAUGCGACAUGGAGUAUGGACGAGUGGUGAGGACAGAUGAGGGACAGGCUUUAGCCUCAGAUCUAAGGUGCAGUGUCUUUGAGCUGUCUGUAGCAGAGGACACUUCUGCAGUGGAGACUGCAAUCGGGCAGCUGGUGCGUGAAGUGCGUCUGGAGUUUCAGCACCACUUGCUGGCUAUGGACAAGAGAUCACGAAUGCUCCAGAAGAGACAUUCACUCAAAAACAGACUCACAAGGAGUAAAACCAUGCAGUGGUGACCAGAAGGACUAAAUGCAAUUAGCAGAUCUGACCUCUGUGUUCACUACAGUAGUGCUCACAUCUAUCAUGACAAUCAGAGAGGAUCCAACAAGUGGAUCCAGUGUCUUCUGGAUUUCCAAAUCAGUAUGUGUGCAUGUUUGUUUAUGGCAGACAGUAUAAAGUAGCAAAAUAUAGCAGUGUGUUUUUAAAGAUGCAGUGUGUAAUUUCUGCACCACUAAUUACUAAAAGGAAUUGCAAAAAUAAUGACAAACAAUCCAUUGCAUUGUUCAUAAAACAGGUAGUUUCUAAUAUUGUAACCCACUUAUGUAUGUUUGAGUAUUCAUGUAGGGCUAUGCUAACUCGCCAGUGCUGGGGUAAUUCUGUUGGCUUGUUAUGUUAAUGUAAUGCCUAAAAUGGCAAAUUAUGUGCAUCAUGGCAGAAGAUCUGUGUAUUAUGAUGUUUCAAUGCUCAUUUAAUCUAGUUUCACUCUCCAUGAGCGUGAAAUAUCAAGGGGGAGUAGAACAAGUUGUCUUUUGACAUUCAGCAGUUUGAACAUGUAAAUGAGAUUAAAUCCACUCUGUAAUUAGAAUCAAAUGUUUUUCAAAAUAGUAUAAUAGGUUACAUUACAAUCUAUAGUGUAACGCCUAUAAUUGUUAUAAGCAUUUUUGUUUUUGUGCAUGUAUUUUUGAAAUGUAUAGUAGUGUGACAAUGUAUCCAAUCACUUUGUUCAAACCAUGUCCUGGGAGAAAAGUAGAAAUGAA